UGAGUUAUCCUACAGGGAUAAAUCCCGAGGGAAUGCAGGGAUCAACCCCAGCAAGGGACACGGCUCCAGCCCGGGAAGGGGCUCUGGCUGUCCCCUGUGUCCCACCCUCCCCAAAGGGAGGAGGGGGCUGGCAGCCGGCAGAGCGCGGUGGGACGGGCGGCAAGGAGCGAGUGCGGGAGGCAGAGCCCGGGCUCGGCCGGCUGGGGAGAGGGAAGAUGAGCACAGAGGACUCUGCCAACGGGACCUCUCCCACCCCGCCUCUCAUUCCCACCACGGAGCUGCUCCCACCCAGUGCUGCAUCCCCUCAGGUGACAGACUGGCUGCCCAUCAUCGCUGGGGUCAUCUGCAUCUUCCUGCUCCUGGCCACCCUCCUCAUCCUUGCCACGCUCUGCAAGCCAGCAGCGCUGGGCUGGUCCCUGUCUGGUCCCCAGGAGCGCCUGCCCCACCACCCUGUGGAUGCCAGCGAGCCCCAACUGAGGCUCUGGAAGCGUCUGGGCUCCCUGAGGUGCUCCCUCAGCAGCUUCAGGAGGAGCCAGAUGAUGUCUCAGAGCCCUCUGGCCUGUCCCAAACAGGACUGGCACAUCAUGGAGUCCACCAAAAUGUGAUCUUGCCCUGAUGCUCUUUCCCAAGAUUUUUGCUCCCUUCUCAAGCAUCCUGAGCAGCCCAGCAGAGACCCCUUGAGCAACUCAUUUCCAGGCAGCAGCUCUGGAAAUUUGCAGUGGCUCUGCAAAACCAGGAGAUUUUGCAAUGUCAGGUUCCCAAAUGCUUUCCAGGUUACUGCUUCCUGCCAGGGAAGGUGGAGGCAUCCAAACUACACCCACACACAGCUAACAGCAGGCGGUCAAAAAAAUCCUGCUGCUUCAUUUCUUUUGGAAAACAUUGUGCAAGUUGUGCUCUACCUGAACAAACAGCCUGGAAGAGAGCAGGAGUAACCUGGCCACCUGAAGAGAGGCAGCCCAGGGCAAACCUGCUCCACAGAAAGCAAUCCUCAGUGGAGAUUUCCCCCCGAGCAGCUGGAGGGAGGUUCAUGCCCCAUGAGCUGCCUGGUCCCUGUCACCCCCUCCAUGUGGUCAAUGCAUUCCCAUUCCUGCUCUCUGGUCUGCCUGGUUUUGGGAGAAAGGGAUGGGGAAACAUCCAGAAACUCUCCUGCUGCCGUGGUGUUGUGGGGAUGCAUUUGAAGGGAGAGACCUUCUGUACAAAUGGUUCACACUGAAGGUGUAAAUCAAAGUAAAUUUCUGUUUCUCUUC